AUGGGCAACUCCUCUCCCAGAUCACCCCCUGAGCUGGAGUUUGGCAGCUCCGAACCUGCCUUGCAGGAUUUGCUUCAGGAAUGCCUGAAGCUGAAGCCCCAGCAGAAAUCGGCACUGAUGGGGCUUCUGGGGACUGCUAUAGGCGAUGCCGUUGGCUUACCUUUUGAGCUGCACUCAAGAGCCAGGAACCGAGAACAGCUUGCCAAGCAGCAAAGAGCCUCCAGUGAGCCGGUGGCAACCUUUUGGUCGGACGUUAUGCCUUUCUUGAGCUUGGGCUUAUCGCAAGCCGAAGGGACACCUUUCUAUCGAAGCUUCUCGGAUGACACAGUGUGCACCGAUCUGAAGAUGCAUGCUAUUGCGAAGGUUGUGUGGACCUGUGGCAUCGCGAAAGUGCCGGAGAACAGACUUUUUGAGGCUUUGAUGCAGGAGUACUUGGCGUGGGCCCAUGGCGCCGGCGGCCAACUCUUUCAAGGCUACGGUGGCCAUACGAAAGACCUGUUGAAGCCAACGCGUGGCAAUCGACUAGGUCAGCUGAAAAUAGAACUGUACCAGCCAGAUAGCGACUACUGGCCCACGGACGACUUCCUCAGAUUCGCUCAGGAGCACUGCAAGGGCGAUUAUCCUGGUGGUGUUCCUUCGUUUGGAAAUGGAGCCGUGAUGAGCAUGACGCCGCAGGUGCUUUUUCAGAUGGCUGGUGCGGGACGCGCGGCACAGAUUCUGUCUUGCACUCACAGCGAGGUUUCAGCAACUGUGGCAGCCGAUAUGCUAUCUGAGCUCCUGAGUGCAGUUCACCAGCAAAAGCUGCGCAGCAGCAAGGAUAUUGGACGCUUCCUGCUGCAGAGCCAUGCGUGGAAGCAAGGCCUCAAAAGGUUGGACCAGCUUCCAGACAAAUAUGUUUACCCGUGUGCUGCGUUUCGAGAGUUCUUGGAGUCUGGCGACUGCAAGGCUGACACCGCUAAUUCCUUCCUGCACACGCUCAUCACCAAGGGCAACGUCCCGCCGUCUGAGUCCGAGCUUGUGACGCAUCCAGGACCGUUCGGGUACUUUGGAGAAAUGCUGCGAAUUGCUGCCAACUUUGACGAUGAUGCGGCACAGGGCCGACUUGUCGUUGAAGGGCGCCCAGAUAUACUCGUCCGCUUCAGUCAGCGAGGGCUGAAUACGACAAUGAUGGCCAUUUGGUGUUCUGUGGGUGCCAGAACUUGCAUCGACUGGCUGCAGCGAAUGUUGUACCUUGGCGGCGACACAGACACGAUUGGUGCCGUGGCAGGUCAGGUGGCGUGCCCCUUCCUGGAGCUGCACGACGUCAUUGAUGCUUAUCGGCAAGCUGUUGCGCUGGAUGGCAUGAAUGGCCAGACUGUGGCCGUUACCAGCGCUGCCGCGCGACGAUUCUUCUACAGGUCGCUGCUCUUCGUGCGGGCCAGCUGGUCGCAGCUCCUUCAGAGUCCUCGCCUCAUCGAUGCAAAAUAUGAUGGCCUGACAACGUCGGAUGGCAUGAGGCUCUCUGGACACAGAAGAACUUCCUGCAGAUUUGGAGGCAAGUGCUACGACCGGAAGCGGCAGCACCGCUCACAGUACUCGCAUCCGGGAGACGACGAUUGGCAAAGACUACCGUGUCGCUACGACAUCAGAUGUCGAGACAGAGGGAACGCAGGCCACCUGUUGGAGUUCAGCCACCCGGGUGACCACGACUGGGAAGCCUUGGCAGUAGCGACGAACAUGAGCCAUGCGCUUUGCGUGGUUUUGCAAGGCUACCGCUAUGGAACUGACGGCAGUGGCGGCAAAAUUUCGUCCGACAAACGUCAAGAACCGAACUCUGAACGCCGACCUUGGAUGGAGGUUUCUGAAGCUGUAGAUAGGUGGGUGUAUCCGAUUUGGGUCAAGACUCACCUUGAUAGAGACAACUUUGAGCACCGGUUUGGAGAAGAGUUGAGCUGCUCCGGGCAUACAACGCCACUCGGCGUGCAGAUGACGCAGCUGGUGCAAGAGCAGUUUGAAAAGUUGGCACGUGCAAGCUCUGGAAGACAUGCGCCUCCUGUAUCAACUUCGGGCGGCAAGGAAGCUGAUUGGCUUGUCCACAUCUUUGGCUAUGAGCCCUUGGAUCCGGAUGUGGAUCGUGCUGACCAGCUGCUGUGUCUGAGCCCAGGGCAGCUACCUAGGCUUCCGAUGUCUUUGGUUCCGGUCGAGAAGAAAAAUGGUGGGAGACCUCCAUGGACAGCAAGAGGUUCUGCAGCGAAUGGUGGAAGGCCUCCAUCGACAGCAACUGGUUCUUCAGUGAUCUUCAGUGCUUUUCUCGGCGCCUCCUGCUUGUUAGAGAGCUGGUUCUGCAGCGCCCCUAACCUACCCCAAGAAGCUCGUGAGACAGAUGUGGACAUCAGGCCGUGCAACGAAGACAUGGCUAUGGAAGUACUAGAGCUCGACGAAGAGGAAUUCGAACAAAGUCGAACAAAAGGCAUUGAAGUCGCUGUUCGAUUUGAAGAAGAUCUACAAGCGACUCCAGAGCGACAUCACGGAGAAGCACCCGCAGACAGCAAAACAGCUUCUUCUCGGAAAAGUCAGAUCCAAGGCUGGCACCUUCGUUUGGUUCAGUUUGAUCUGUCCCAGCGCCAAGAAGUUCAGAUGCUGCUGCUGGUGGAUGGACUCUACCCCUGGGAAUCCUUUGGCGAGCGAUCCUUUAUUGAUGGGGAUGUGGAGGUCGAGCUGUAUGAGGGAACCUUGGACUCCGAGCAUUACGAGGCGACCCAUGGCAAACCAGUGGAUGUGGAAGAAGCUCACCUUGAAGCAGCGGCAAGUGGCUACGCAGACCGAACUUGGUGGAGUCUGAAAAGUGUUGAAGGGUCUGACUCGGAUGAUGAGGAGGAGAUUACGGGCAGUGAGCAGGCUUCCAUGGUCAUGGACAGCGCGCGCAGGCCGGCAACCUUCUUCGCCGAGACAGAUGUUCAACGGUGGCGGAGGCUGCAGGGCUGUGAGCUGGCGCGUGACCAGGAUGUGUUGGCCGAUGGAUCUACAAAUGUCAUGCAGAUCCUGGAUCGGCGGCAACAGCGAGAGAGGGAGGCAGCUGGCGGCAUCAGAGGUGUUGACAUUGUUGACGCGGAGGACGCUGAGUUUGCCACGAUGGAUGGAACCGUCACUCGACAUGAGCCCAACGACAAGGAUAGUGAUUCUGAAGACGAUGGCACCACGCUGCACGCGGUUCUUGGUUCUGAUCCGGACGACCGUGACAAGGAGCAAGAAGAGGCGCAGCGCAAGCUCGAUGCGGCAUCUCAUGGCGUGAUGAGCUGGAUACGCCAAACGCUCCGGGCAUGGGAGUCGCAGCUGACCGAGAGAGCUUCCGUGGAGGCAGGUCCCUGGAUGUCGAUAGCAGUACUGAUCGCGAACAGCUGCACUAGCACCAUAGCCGUUGCCACUAGUGCUUUCGCGCACCUGCAUGUCUUGCUUGCUGGGCUCACCCUGCAAAACUGCCCGGAGCUUAUUGUCACAGUCUGUGCUGAGCUCUUGGCCCGGCUGAAGCCGGUGAACACCGCCAUGCAUGGGCCCAAAAAUACCAACAAGUUUUGGGCGAACUGGAUAGUUUCUGAUCCUACAACGGGCAAUGGCGCAAUGCACGCGAUAUACCCCAUGCCUUAUGUGCUCAAGCUGGGAAGCAGCAAUGAGCUACAGGCCUCGCACAACGUAGAGCCGAAGGUGUGGUACCAGGAUGGCAUGUUGAAAAAUCGUGACGGAUCUCGCAUCGAGCUGUACCAGACACCCUUCGUGGGCGAGUUUGCGCUGGGCGCGUCGCAAACCUCAGGCACGAGUUCGAGUUUUGAGAUCGCGAAAGAAGGUUUGUUUGGUGUUCACGUGAAUGUGAAGCGACCUGAUGGCGAAGUCGUGAUGAUGUAUCCCAUAUACAGUGGGAUGGCCUAUGUUUCCGCCAGAUACCAUGCAGCCACGCCAAAUGUCACGACUGAGAGAACGAGCUUUGGAAAUUUGCGCCCAUUCAACAAUCUGUUGAAAAUCCGUGAUGGCAUUUGGAGUGUGACGACAGGUCAUCAUCCCACCAGCACUCCAGCCCAGCUACGACUGUAUGCGCUGAACGCUAACAUGGAUUUCGUGGACAGUUCCUUCGAGCUCAGAAUGGGGUGCCAGGGUCGCUGCCUUUUCAUGAACAAGCCAUUGGAUGGUUGGAUGCGCGUUGCCCAUGUGUUGUCAAGCUAUGACGUGGACGUGCUGGAUGCCCAUGCCGCGGCCAUUGUAAUCGGCUGUGAUCUGCAGGUCAAAUCUGGCGGCCUUGUGCGCUACAGAUUUGAAUCUGCGAAGGCGAGGUCUCAACCGCGGCUGCUGCAUUGGGCUUACGCUCACCAUGUGAAGAUGUUGCAGGAGGGCAUCGAACUGGCCGGGCUCACGGCAAGCCAGGCACCGACCAAGGGUUUGAUGCAGGGCAUCAUUGGUGAUGACUGGCUUCUGAAGGCUCCGCUCACCGACAAGAUGGCUUCUUUGGGAUUUCUGCCCGAUACAAACUUGACGGAUCAUCGAAGGAGGGUCUUGGUGAACGAGACGCGUGAUGCUCUACGCUGGCUCAACCAGCCAUUGCACGAAACAAACGCUGCUGACCCCCCAAAUUGGCGCCAUUCCAUGUUCAAGUCGGACUUUUACUUCAGCGGCAAGGGCUUCCAGAAGGUGGGAAUGGUCUGCCUGUUGGCGGAGGAACUCCUCACGAAGCAGGAGCUGGAAACAUGCGCGGGCUGGCUCGCUACAGGGUUCGAGUGCAUGCUGAAUUUAUCAAAAGGCGAGCCUACAUCACGCAGCUGUGUUGGGGCGCCUGUGGGCUUAUAUUAUGACCUAGUGUGGGGGGGCUUGCCCAGCCGUGUGGGAUACAAUCAGCCCUCGCAUGCCAACCCAGUGUUGCAUUGCCUGCUCGCAGAUUUCGGGAACUCCUGCUACAACGACCACCAUUAUCAUUUUGGGUAUUUUGUGGUGAGCGCGGCCAUUUUGGUGAAGCUGCAACCAGAGUGGAAACGAAACCCCGACUUCCUGGACUUCGUGAACGGAUUGAUUCGUGACACGUCCAACCCGAGUGCGGAUGAUCCCUUCUUCCCGCGUUUUCGAUCGUUCGACUGGUUUGAUUUGCAUUCUUGGAGUCGCGGACUUGCUCCUAAUCCUGAUGGAAAAGACGAGGAGUCAACUUCAGAAGAGCUGAACUUGCACUAUGGCAUCUAUCUCUGGGGCAGAGAGACUGGAAAUGAGCUCCUACGAGAGUUGGGUUCCACAAUGUUGGCCUUGGCAACUGCGACAGUGCAAGAGUUCUUUCUGAUGGGGCAGAACAAUCCUCAUCAUCCUGAGGACUAUGCUAGGAAUCGAGCCCCUGGAAUGCUUCUGCAGAACAAAGCGCACUAUGCCACCUACUUCGGCAGCAAAUUUGAGUACAUACACGGAAUCCAGAUGCUUCCCCUUUCACCAGCUCUCCAGGUUGCCCGAACUCCGGCUUUCGCCCAGCUGGAAUGGACUGAAAUUCUUUGCCACUUGCCGCUUUCUGCCGCAGAUCCGUGGACAUCUGUGCUACUGACAGGGGGUCUUGCCAUGUUCGAUGCCACCGGUGCAUUUGAGAUGCUAGCGCAAAUGCGGCAGGAAAGUAUGGACGAUGGCCUGACCCGUGCGUGGGCGCUGUUUUGGGCGAGUGCGCAGCCGCAGCGGCAUAUGCCAUGGACAUGCGGAAAGCCGCCUUUGCACAGCCCUCGUGCCUGUUCAAGAGGACAGUAUCGUGAUGGAGUUCAGUGCAUACCGUGCCCACCCGGAACGUGGAAUGAUGCGCUGAAUCAGACAGGCUUCACAGCUUGCAAGCAAUGUGAAGCGGGCCGCUUUGGUUCUCAGGCAGGGCUGACCAGCGGCAAUGCCUGCACGCCCUGUCCACCUGGAACCUGGUCAGCUGCUGUUGGUGCACAGCUUUCCAGCGUGUGCAUACCCUGCAGCAGGGACCCCAACGCUCAUCCGUCCUGUGCUACGAGGACUCAGCACAUGCGGUAA